AUGUCUUCCUCACAUCAUCAGAGAUCAUCGAGUACACGUCCAUCGAGACGUACACAAACAGCUGCACAGUUACAAACUAAUCGAUCGACAAGUGCUCCACUCCGACAAUUUAUUAUUAUUCUUACAAAUAAUCCUAAUUUAUUGCGACAAACUCGAACAUUUCAACCUCAGAUCCAACAAAAUAUACAAACAACAGUUGUAGCACAAAAUAGUACGACGAAUAAUGGAACUGUAAAUAACAAUAGUAAUCAUCGUGAAGAAAUACUCAAUAAUCUCUUACGAGUGGAACUAAGAGAAGCAGCAAGUGAUUAUCUUACUCGAACUCGUCGAUCAUAUCCAAUUCAUUAUGUUUUUGAUAUAUGUAGCAACGAUGUUAGUAAUAUUCUUCAUCACAACGGCUUAUCACAAGAUGCUCAAGGUCAUUGGUAUGAAUUACUAUCACCAACACAAGUUUUGACUGGACAACAGCAAAACUUGGAGAACAGUAAGAAGCAACAAAAGAAGAAAAAGUGCCAUGGUAAUCGAAAACAACAGCAUCAACGACGAAGAUUACGUCGUCAACAAAUGAAACAAAAUAAUAAUCCUACAAAUCAUAUACAACAAGAUAUCUUAAUUGUGAUAGAUGAUACUGAUGACAAUCCGGAAGAAGAUGGGGAAGAACAACAGAUUCAAAAAGACACAAAAAACAGUCAACAUAGACUAGGAUUAGAAAAUAAACGUAAACGUCAAGAAGCAAAUAAAGAUGACAUACAUAUUAGUCAAUCGUUCAGUGAAUUAUCAAUAUCACAAAUGAAUCCUAAAAAGACUAAGUCAACGAUAGAAGAUCAACAAUCAGAUAAAGAAGUAUUAGAUUUAGUUAAUGGAGAUAUUAACGAACAACAACAACAAGAAAACAAUAAACACGAAGAAGAUAACGAUUUAGUAUCAACCAAUUAUGUAAAACGAUUUAAACCACGUUAUUUAAGAGUUUCUGAUAAAAUUUUAAAACAAAUGUUAUCGAAUGCAGUAGAAGACGGUGAUAAAAUCAUUCAAUGUUUAAAUAGUAAUGAAAAACUUCAAUUGGUUCGUCAAAUGACGGAAGCAGCUAAUAACUUAUAUUAUAUUGAUUUUCAACGUCAAUUAUGGCAAGCUUAUUUCGAUCUUGGUAUGAAAGAAGGUGUAUGGGCACCACGAGUAUCAAAAUCUUUCGCCAAACAGCAUCAUACAUGUCGUUCAUAUGGUUUUCCUAAACAUGUCAUUGAACAACGACAGAAAACAAUAACACAACAAUUACAACAUACAGCGGAUGAAUUACACUGGUAUCUAACAAAUUUAGAACAAAAUGUACAACAAUGGCAACCAUAUAUUGAUCCAUCUGUUUUAUCCAGUGCUAUUAACGAGUGUGUUAAAAAUGCUCAACAACGAUUAAGACAAGAAUUUAAUUAUAAAAGGAAGAUGUUAACAUUAAAUUCUAAUGAUCGUCAUUUAAUUACGAAAUUUUAUGAGUUACAACCAAAUGAAGAACAGAUACAUAUAGCAAAACAGAUAUGGCAAACAACAUUCGAUAUAUUGAAAAGAAAAGAACAAGAAGAAAUUCUUCGUAAACGAAUUUUCCUCCGACGACUACCAACUACAUAUGAUAAAAUAAUUGACAAAUCUUUGGAUUAUAUCGAGCCUAUGCUUUCAAAUCAAGCUCUUGAUAAAGAUCGACGUGCUAGUUUAGUAUCGAGUUAUUCAAAAACAAUUACACAAUAUAAAUUUGAUUUGAUGGCUUUAAAUCUUGAUACCAUACAGAACGUAAUACGUGGUCAUCAACAAAUACUUAAUGAUCUACGAAACAAAUUAUCACAAUUAUGUCCCGAAUUAAUGAUUCAAGCUAUUGAAAAUCGUCAAAAAUUCAUGCAAAAACGUCAUCAAAUAUAUUUGAAACAUAAAUUGCAUACUUUUUUCGACGAAGCUCCGGCGACAUUAAACGAAUAA